AUGGCGAAAAAACAAAAGAUUAGCUCCUUCGAGCCCUCCAAACCCACCAAAAAGCAACAACAUGUCGUAGUUGAGGAACCCAAACCCCAAAACGAACCAGCAGAGGAAGUAGUCGAAGAGGAAGAAGAAGAAGUCGAAGAAGAGGAGGAGGAGGAAGAUGAAGGAGCCAACGAAGAGGAAGAGGAAGAGGGAGAGGACGAAGUGGGGCUAGGCGGUGAGUAUAAGGAAACCGGUAACAUAACCACGAUGUCCGCCUCAGCCGCUUUGGAUCAAGCCGGUGCAGGUGAUGAUGAGGAUGAGCCAAUCCAGAAUCUUCUAGAACCAUUCACCAAGGAACAACUUAUCUCCUUGCUCCUCGAAGCUGCCGAUAACCACGACGACGUGGCAGAUCGAAUCUGGAAGGUUGUGGAUGAGGACCCAAUCCACCGCAAGAUCUUCGUCCAUGGUCUCGGAUGGGACACCAACACCGAAACCCUAACCUGUGUGUUUAAGGAAUACGGUGAGAUUGAGGAUUGCAAAGCUGUUUGCGAUAAGGUCUUUGUAUAUAACAAGGAAGUUCUCAUGGGUAAUGACCCUUUCACAUAA